AUGGCUUCAACAGAAGAUCGCUCCCCCACCCAGGAGCUCGAAGCCGGUGAGAACACCCCUGACACUUCGCCCUUGGCGCCCGAUACUCGCGUCGAGCCCCGCAAAGUCUCGGCUAUCAUUCUCCGCAUACAUGCUCUCGUUAAAAAGCUCCUCCCUGUAGAGGUCAGUGAAGAUAGCCUCAAGUCUCCCGAUGGGCUGCUCAACGCAAGUGUCAUUGCCAGCUUCGUCAAAGCUGGCGGAGACUUUACCGAUGUCGUGCCUUUUGCGCUUCUAGAAGCCAAGAAGCUCUUCCAGCAGUCAGUAGAGGGUGACAGCCAAGAUCCAGAGCUCAACUGUCUGAGGGCUACAGCCUGUGAGAUUCUAGCUCGAAGGACCGUCUAUCGCCUUCUCAAAUCGGAGGAGAAGGCGAGCCAACGCGCUGGGAGCUUCCUCUGUCUCUCCAAGCGCUUUUCCUACAUCGACACGGACGGCGAUGCGACUCUACCCACCUCAGCCCUCGAAUCAGCGGUCGACCAGGAGAGCAUUUCUUUCCUCUCUGCGCCCGAAGCUCAGGCCUGUAUUCAGGCUCUAUGGACGGGUCGACUGGUUCAACGAUAUGCUGAGGGAAAGCAUGACUUUGUCCACUUUGUUCCUUUCGAAGCUGCCGAGAGCGGCGCGUUCUCUGCUCACUUCAGCCCGAAUCGUCUAGCAGUUCCCCGGACACUCUAUACCCUCUCCCUCAUGACCUGGCUCCUACUUUUGGUCGUUUACUCUAUGGCCACGCUAGAGUACACGGGUCUGGACUUCUGGGAGGUAGCUCUUUGGGUCAUGCUGGCAGGCUACGUCAUGGAAGACGUCACGAGGUGGUGGAAAGUCAGGGGCCUGGAGGCGCUUAGUAUCUGGCUCAUCAUCGACGUUCUGCAAGACUCCCUGGCAGUAGGUGCAUUCGUUGUGCGAGUCAUCUCUUUCAUCUACGAGGACACUGUACACACUGCAAAGUAUCAGCGCCUCUCCUUCCAGCUUCUGGCCUGCCUAGCACCUUUCCUGUGGAUUCAGCUUCUGAAGGCCUUCGACUGCAUCCCCUUCUUUGGCAACAUCAUGAACAGUCUCGUCAGGAUGCUGAGAGAGACUGGUAUCUUCAUGGUCCUUCUGUUGCUCGUCGGUCUCGGUUUCGCCCAAGCUCUAUUCUCUCUCGAUGCUGCCGAUGGUCAUCGAGUGGAGAGCUCGGGCUCCGUUGUCUUUGAUACUCUGAUCAGUGGCAUUUUGGGAGGUGGCAUGACAUUCGAUGCUGUAGACGAGGCGUUUGGCAAGCCCUUUGGCAAGAUCCUCCUCUACGCAUACUCCCUCGUACAAAUCCUCCUUCUCAGCAACAUCCUGAUUGCCCUACUCAAUCAGGCCUACCAAGACGUAGUAGACGACGCCGAUGACGUUUUCGCGGCCUACUUUGCUACAAAGGUCGUCGGCCUCAUCCGGGCUCCUGACCAAUUCGUCUACCCUGCCCCUUUCAACAUCGUAGAGGCAUUCUUCAUCGCACCUCUCGAGUACGUUCUAUCCCGAUCCGCCUACCGAUCCCUAAAUCUUGUAGUCCAGUCGGUCCUCUUCUCGGUGCCCCUUUUCUUCAUCGCCCUCUACGAGUCGAGGGUCGACUCGCAAAUCUUCAAGACCAUCAAGCUCGAAAUGCUGGGAGCGUAUGACAAUCCUCCUCAAGCCAUGUCAGGAGCAGUAGGAAGCGCGGACUUCACCGCCGAGGAUCCUGACAGUGCUGAAGGAGGAGGUGAGGACGACCUCGUCAUUAGCAAAGUGCCUUUUGCCAAGCUCGUGGCGAGCUUCCCUACCAUUCAGGGCGGCACUGAGGACGACUCUGAUCAGGAUCCUACGACCGGCGAGGUGUACAGUGGGAACAAGACGAAGAAGGAGGAGGAAGAUGGUGGCGCUCCCGAAAAGUCGAGCCCUCCAUCUCCUGACACUGAGUUGCUGCGAGACUUGAUGAAGGAAUUGAAGAGCCUGAGGUCAGAGCUGGAAGAGUUGAAGUCCAGCAAGGCCUUCAAGAGGGAAGGCUCGAUGCACACGAAAGGAAUCUAG